AUGCAUCAACAUCCUCGGUCGCCGGCGCCAACAGCGCCAACCUCUUCCGCCAGGCCGAACUCAUCUCGUUCGAGAGAGCUGGAUUAUCGUCCUAAUUCCCCUGCAGCCGAUGUUAGGGUACAUAACAGCAGAGGCUUGGGGAUUGAAGCCGAACCUGGUUCGCCAGAGCAAACUGCCCAACCUGCAAAGGAGGCGAUAGCGAAGCUGAACCAGAUAAUAUCGAAUUACCACACGAAAGCUGCUCUGAUUAUACUGCAUUCGCGCAUUGAGCUCCCACCUUCAUUCAACAAGGGCUCUGACACUCCCAGAGUAAACCGUUGGUUUAACGUUGAGAUCGAAGAUACAGAUGUGCUGCGAGAACAGCUGCGCACCUGGAGAACCUGUGAUGCCACCGAGAAUCGCCCGCCGCCUUUAAUUAUUGAAACAUAUCUCGAUACAAAGGGACUCACAAAUAAUCAGACCCUCGUGGCUUUGGAUGAGAAUGGGAAACGAUGGGAUGUGUUAGAAGCCCUUGCUGCAUCUCAACAAGCCCAUCCGGUCAGACCACCCUCGGCCAGCUCUGAUGAUGUCAUCUUGGAGCGGUGGAGAGUUGAGUUGGGGGAUACGUCGAACGCGUUACCGGCUGAUCUUGGAUCUAUUCUGCCUACUGUAUACAAGAAAAGCAUUGUUCUUUUCCGAUCAUUAUUCACCUAUUCUAAGUUCUUGCCCGCUUGGAAGUUCGCAAAGCGCAAUGGAAGGCUUCGAGCAAACCCGGCUCUACGGAUCAAGUACAGGAUCAUAGUCGGGUCUCCUAACCAGGCGAGUUCGAAGCCAGACCACUUGACCAUGCCUUUAUACGAGAGUAGUAGCAAAGUGGUUGAAACCUACAGCUUUGGUGUCACCGAUUCGCCAGCCGGUCCAUUCUCUGCUCAAGUGACAUAUCGAACAAGCUGCGAUUUCCGCGUGGAUGACUCCGAAGCUCUGCUAAGUUCUCGAUUCAUGGGAGCCGAUGAUGAAAUCUUCCGUCCAUCGCUACCUACGCGAGUGGUGGAUAGUAAAGUGCCUCCCCCUGAGAUAGGGUCACUCCCACAAGAGAGGAGAACAGUCGAAGAUCCAGAUCCUGGCCGGGCAUACGGUAGUCUUUCGACCUUCCAUCAGGUUGGACCUACGACCAGCGCGAGUCCCAUAUCAGCUCUCCGGGCUAAAGGAGAGUCAGGCACUUCAUCUCCGUCCUCGCCUGGCUCGUCCUCUCGGAAAGCCUUGGCAGUUGCGAAAGCUAGUCCCAUGGGACGCGCUGCUGUGCUUGCUAGUGAAGGUAGCCCAGGUGUCGUAAGGCGCCCAUCUAUAUCUUUCCAGCCAUUCAAAGCUCCACCCUUAUCGGCAUCACCGUCCCUUGUCGACCCUCCACUCUCGUCCCCUCGCUCAGUAUCCGGGCCUCGUCCCCAUCCAUCUAUGGCGACUUCUGCUCGUAGGUCUUUCCCUGCAGUGCAGGACACUGGCAUUGCGUCUCCUAGUUCUGCAUCUCCACGAACGGCGUCAAUCUCGAGGUAUAGCAGUGCUUUCAGCCACCGUCGAGGCAGGCCUUCUGGAGGGAUCAAUAAAUUGGAAGACGAUACUUCCAGUGGUAAAGCAAGUGCCACUUCGUCCGCUCAACCUGGAUCCGGCCUGCUUGCUGAACCUUCUGGAACGAGUGCCGACUCUAUUCACGCAGACGACGAAAAUAUUUCAGAAUUCCUGAAAAUGCUAGACCUACGGAAAGAUCUUCUCAAUACGUCAGGCUCAGCUGCUCUGGAUGCUACUGCGCGUAGGACUACAGUCACUUCGGCCGCUUUAACACGUUUCCAACGUAUGCGUGAUUCUAAUGCUGCCCUUUCUGACUCGAUGUCAUCAUCUCUGCUCUUGCAGCGCUCAUCGAAUUCCUCUAGCAAACAGCUCUCUGGAGUCCCACCAAUGGUUGCGGGAACGUCCAUCUCAACUGCCUCAUCGCCGGGAAAGCCGAUAUCUCCUCACACACCCCACACUCCUGCGAUACCAUCUCGCCUUAGUUCUAACAGCAUCGUCAAUUAUACUCAUCCUGAGGGCAAUGGUACAGAACUCUCUCAGGGACAUGGCUCCCCUCUUGAUGAAAACACCAGCGAUGGGACAACCAUGGAGCACGGACCGUCCGCAGUGAACGCCAUAGACAUCCCAACAUCACCUCGCCUUUUCCCCCCUGCGUAUCGUCGAUCUAGUUCUGCUGCCCAUCGUCCACGUACGGUCGCUGUAGAUGACGACGAGAUUUUCCCCUUCAAUCGCAGCGUGAGCCUUGGUGCCGAGGAGAGAUCCAACCUGAGCCUUGGUGCACUUCAUCGACAGCAUGAGUAUGAAAGCUCUGAAACGACCACGCAUCAAGCGCCACGAGAGCCGCGUCCAUUACCAUCAACCGAAGCUGCAGUUGUACCGCCUAGCUCAAUAGCCCGUGAGCAAGGCUCUCAUAAGGGCGUGACCCCUGGCCCUACCGUUGCCUCUUCGUCUUCAUCUCACCACCACGUCUACCAGCCACGCUUCAGCCACUCUCGCGGCCGGGGGUCUUCCGGCGGUCAUCAUUCCCUAAGUUCCGGCUCUAGUAGUCUUGCACGUGGUGCUGUCAUUCCCCCUGGUCUUACUGAACGCGAGAGCGAGCGGGAUGGCAACGGGAGCGGUAGCAAUAGUGCUACCUCAGCAAUGGAAGAUCGUCGGGGUAUAGGGCGACGACCCAGUGCUGGCCGUGGCGGUCCGCCACAGUCUGCCCAGUUAGAAGAAGAUGAACCUCUGCUAUUCGCUAUGAGCGACUUUGGUGCCUCGCGACGGAGCUUCGAAGAAGGCAGGCAUGGCAACCAUGCUCAUGAUCCGACUGGGAAUAUCGCCGGAUCAAGACGAGGAGGAAGUGGUAGACGUGGCGGUGGUUUCCACCCUUGGUCCUAA